AUGGAGGAGGAGAUAAAUAGAAUGUGUCUGCAAGAGUUGAGGGCUGUGAAGGUAUUGGGAGAAGGGGCCAGUGGAACUGUUUUCCUGGUUCUAAAAUGCAAGGAUGACAGACCCUUUGCACUCAAAGUUAUGAGGAAAUGUGCAAGUGAAAGUGAGGAGGAGGGUCAUGAAUUGAUGAAGAAGAUACAGACUGAGUUAGACAUUAUUUCAUCGUUGAAUCACCCAUUUCUUUUCUCCUUACAGGGAAUUGUGGAGACAGACAGAAUUACUGGUUUUCUAGGCGAAUAUUGCCCAGGUGGGAAUCUUCGAUCUCUCAGCCAAAAACAGCAUGACAAGACCUUUUCGGAGUCUGUAAUCAGGUUUUAUGCAGCAGAGAUUGUGAUUGCGGUUGAGCAACUACACAGCCAGGGAAUAGUCCACAGAGAUCUGAAGCCUGAAAACAUUCUCAUACAAGCCAGUGGGCACAUAAUGCUUAUAGAUUUCGAUCUAUCCACCAGGAUUUUACCCAAGCAUAUGAAUACACAAAAGUUGCAGAGAUCCAAGCUCACAGACCUUACUUCAAUACUAUGCUGCUGCUUUAAAGCAUCCCAUUCAAGCGAGAAAACUGUUACAGGUUCUCAUUCAACACCCAAAAAGCACAAUCUUGCACAAGUUAAUCCCAGAUUGAGAUCCAAAUCCCUGGUGGGCACAGAAGAAUAUGUGGCUCCAGAGAUGUUGCAGCGCACUGGUCAUGAAUUUGCAGUGGAUUGGUGGGCUCUGGGGAUUCUACUCUAUGAGUUGCUCUAUGGCAAAACACCCUUCAAGGGUGCUACAAGGAAGGACACUUACUACAAUAUUAUAAACAACCGUCCCCAAUUCACAGAGACAUGGACUCCUCUCAAGGAUCUCAUAAUGAGGUUACUCCAGAAGGAGCCUUCUGAAAGAUUGGGCUCCCAAAAUGGAGCUCAAGACAUAAAACAACACUCCUUUUUCAAGUCCCUCAACUGGAACACCAUACAUUGUGUUUCCAGACCACCAUUUUUGCCUCUCUCCCGUCAUUCUCUAGAUGAGCACUUGAUCAACACUGUUAGCACUUCAAUUGACAUCGAAGAGUCGGUCGAGAUGAAAAGUUCAGGAAAAAGCAAUAACACCAGCACUGGUUUCUCCAAUCUCAUGGAGAAGAAGGGACACAAUUGGGUUGAGGAGUUGUCCAAACAAGAAGAGAUUCUUGAUUUUAGUGUGUUUUAG